AUGAACCCAAUAAGCCAAAUUGUUCGUGCAACACGACCAAUUUAUCGCACCCUCUCCACAUCAGUAACAUGCUCAGCGCAGGCCAAACCUAUCCCAACGACUGGCUUGUGCUUUGAGCUUACAGACGAGCAGAAAGCUCUGCAGGAGCUAGCGAGGAAAUUUACGAAGGAGGAGAUUAUCCCCGUCGCAGCGCAGUACGACAAAAGUGGGGAAUACCCUUGGCCCAUUGUUAAGAAAGCAUGGGAGCUCGGUUUAAUGAACGGACAUAUCCCGGAGCACUGCGGGGGUGUAGGAGAUAUGGGUGUUUUUGAAGAGUGUAUCAUCGGUGAGGAGUUUUCAUUCGGUUGUUCUGGGAUUGGCACGGCUGUCGGCGGGACAAACUUAGGAAAUGUACUUACGUCAUCUAAAUAUCAUUUCGAGCGGUCGAGAGCUUUCGAGAUAUCUCGAUUCAUUGGAAUAUACCCCGUAACUUCCACAGGUGGUAUGGACAUGGGAGUUUUUGAAGGAUGCUUGAUUGGGGAGGAGUUUGCGUUCGGUUGUACUGGCAUAGCGACAGCAUUAGAAGCCAGUGGUCUUGGUCAAACACCAGUCAUUAUUGCUGGUAACAAGGAACAGCAAAAGAAGUACUUGGGUAGGCUGAUAGACGAGCCCAUUGUAGCCGCAUACUGUGUCACUGAACCCGGGGCAGGAUCAGAUGUCGCAGGUGUUAAGACCAAGGCUGAAAAGAAAGGUGACGAAUGGAUCAUCAAUGGACAGAAGAUGUGGAUCACCAACGGAGGCGUGGCCAAUUGGUACUUCGUGCUGGCGAGGACCAACCCAGACCCAAAAUGCCCACCCGGAAAAGCCUUCACUGGUUUUAUUGUGGAGAAAGAUUGGCCCGGAGUAAACCCGGGACGUAAGGAACUGAACAUGGGACAACGUGCAUCAGACACUCGCGGGAUAACCUUUGAAGAUGUUCGCGUACCUAAAGAGAAUGUAUUGCUUGGCGAAGGGGACGGCUUCAAAAUUGCGAUGGGUGCCUUCGAUAAGACUCGCCCGCCGGUCGCAUGCGGUGCUACGGGUCUUGCAGCCCGAGCUCUCUACGAGGCCACCAAGUACUCCCUGGAGAGGAAGACCUUCGGUGUCCCAAUCGCGAGUCACCAGGCUGUGGCUUUCAUGUUAGCUGACAUGGCUAUCGGUGUUGAAACCGCCAGAUUGGCCUGGCAAAGAGCGGCGUGGAUGGUGGACCAUGGCCAAAGAAACACUAUGAUGGCCUCAGUAGCUAAGUGCUUCGCGUCCGAGAUCGCGAACAAGGCAGCGGCUGAUGCGGUCCAAAUAUUCGGCGGGAACGGUUUCAACACUGAGUACCCGGUUGAGAAGUUGAUGCGCGACGCUAAAAUCUACCAAAUCUACGAAGGCACCUCCCAAAUCCAACGGCUCAUCAUUUCCAGGGAGCUACUUACCGCUGCUAAACAAUCAAACGCCUAA